UGGUCCCCUGCGCCGGCAUGGCGGUGUGCGCUCGGCUCUGCGGUGUGGGCCCGUCGCGGGGAUGCCGGCGCCGCCAGCAGCGCCGGGGCCCGGCCGAGACCGCGGCAGCCGACAGCGAGCCGGACACGGACCCCGAGGAGGAGCGCAUCGAGGCGGGCGGGGCGCUGUCCGGGGCGCCGGGCGGCCGGGGCGCCGGCCCCCCUCCGCCCCCGCGCUGCUCGCUCCUGGAGCUGCCGCCGGAGCUGCUGGUGGAGAUCUUCGCGUCGCUGCCCGGCACCGACCUGCCCAGCCUGGCCCAAGUGUGCACCAAGUUCCGGCGCAUCCUGCACACCGACACCAUCUGGAGGCGGCGCUGCCGCGAGGAGUAUGGCGUUUGUGAGAACCUGCGGAAGCUGGACAUCACCGGCGUGUCUUGUCGAGAUGUCUAUGCCAAGCGUAUAAACCCUCGCGUGAAGUCGGGACGUUUCAUGAAAAUUCUUCCCGAUUACGAGCACAUGGAGUACAGAGAUGUUUACACCUGCCUGCUUCAUCGAUACAGACACAUUCUGGGAUUGUGGCAGCCGGACAUCGGGCCCUACGGAGGAUUGUUGAAUGUGGUGGUUGAUGGCCUGUUCAUCAUUGGCUGGAUGUACCUGCCUCCUCACGACCCUCAUGUGGAUGACCCAAUGAGAUUCAAGCCCUUGUUCAGAGUCCACCUGAUGGAGAGAAAGUCUGCCACGGUGGAGUGCAUGUAUGGCCACAGAGGGCCCCACAAUGGCCACAUCCAGAUUGUGAAGAAGGACGAAUUCUCCACGAAGUGCAACCAGACAGACCACCACAGGAUGUCUGGUGGGAGGCAAGAGGAAUUCCGAACGUGGCUGAGGGAAGAAUGGGGGCGGACACUGGAGGACAUUUUCCAUGAGCACAUGCAGGAGCUCAUCCUGAUGAAGUUUAUCUACACGAGUCAGUAUGACAACUGCCUGACCUACCGCCGCAUCUACCUCCCGCCCAGCCACCCGGAUGACCUCAUCAGACCCGGCCUUUUCAAAGGCACCUAUGGCAGCCAUGGCCUAGAGAUUGUUAUGCUCAGCUUCCAUGGAAAAUGUGCCAGGGGCACGAAGAUCACGGGGGACCCCAACAUCCCUGCUGGGCAGCAGACAGUGGAGAUCGACCUCAUGCACCGUAUUCAGCUGCCUGAUGUGGAGAGCCUCCGCAACUUCAAUGAGCUCUCGCGCAUCGUCCUGGAGGUUCGGGAGCAGGUCCGUCAGGAGCAGCAGCAGCAGGAGAACGGGCCCGAGGAUGGUGAGGGCCGAGGCCAGCAGAGUCCCCGAGAGCCCCAGCGGGGCCCUGUCCAGCCCAGCGCAGAGCUGCCUGCCGAGAAGGGCGGGGAGUCUCGGGAUGGAGAGGCCGAGGCUGCAGCUCCACCUGCACCUGAGCAGCCCGCCCAGUCAGGGCAGGGGCAGCCGUUCGUGUUGCCUGUGGGCGUGAGCUCGAGGAACGAGGACUAUCCCCGCACCUGCAGGAUGUGUUUUUAUGGCACAGGCCUCAUCGCUGGCCAUGGCUUCACCAGCCCUGAGCGCACACCUGGGGUCUUCAUCUUGUUCGACGAGGACCGCUUCGGGUUCAUCUGGUUGGAGCUGAAAUCCUUCAGCCUGUACAGCAGGGUGCAGGCCACCUUCCAGAACGCAGAGGCGCCAUCCCCACAGGCCUUCGAGGAGAUGCUCAAGAACAUCCAGUCCCUGACUUCCUGAUGGGCCAGUGCCCUGUAGGGUGGCUCCCAGGGCCCUGGACCCUGCUCCUGCGAAAGGAAGCAGCAUGCACUUUGGAGAUUUGGCCUUCUGAUCAGAAUACCGACCUUGUAAGAGUCUUGGCCUAGCCACCCCAAGAUUCUUGUAUAGAGUGUACAACAUUUGCCCCGGUCCUCGUCAGGAGCUCAUAGGAAGGCUGACUGAGCAUGUCUUAUAAAAAAAGAAAAAAGAAAAAGAAAAGAAAAGAAGGAAGAAAAGCUGAAAGGACUGAUGGAGAGGGCUGGCUACAGUCUUGUGAACAACUUGAGUGGAGAAAUGGGGUGUCCCCUUGGCCUGUAGGCAAUUUUCAUGGGACAGGCUGAGCGACCCUCUGGGCUACUAGGGGGGAUUGAUUGUGCAUGAGCUUUUUGCCAGCUCCCUUGCAGGAGGCAAGUGAAAACGGCUGCAGGCUGGCAAGGGGCUGGGGCAGUGAGUGCUCAGAGGGAGUCCUGGGGGGUCGGGGAUGCUGGGCCAGGACCCUGGACUGAAUUCUUGUUUCUCUACUAACCUGCUUGGAUUUUGGACAAAAGUAUUUCACCUCUGACAUGUUUGUGCAUCGGUGUGGUGGGGUCAGUGAUGCAGGCCAGUAGGGAGUGGCACAGUGGGCCUCUGAACAGCUUAGGGGCCCUGGCCUCUCUCUAGCUUUAGAGUUAAGACCCUCGCUGCAGCCAGUUCCAGACAGGGCAUCUGUUUGCACACCCCUACCCACCUCCUGCACACGCUGUGGUGUCAGAACCCUGAGCUGAGCCACUUGUCCCAGAACCUGCCCCAGGAUUUGGCAGGGCUACAUCCCAAACAGCCCUAUAUUGCCCAUUUGUACACAGGUGCUGUUUUUGUAAGUGUCAAAGCAGCAGAGUGGUUGCACAGAUGACUUUGGAGCCCCUUUGUGGGUAAUAGGGCAGCUUUCUAGAAAAGUCACCCCUUAUGUAUGGAAUGCACUUUGGAGACCAGGGCCUCUUGGGAGCCUCUGGGAUGGAGACCCUGAGCAUGGAUGCUUCUGCUGGUGGUGUGCCUGUGUCCCAUUGACACCUGCAUUUGGGGGCCCUCCGUAAGGUCUCUGCUGAGAACAGCCCGAAACGCACGUAGACGCCCAAGAAUUAGUUGCAGCUCUGUCUCCAGCCUGCAGAGAGCUGUCACCAUGUUCGCCUUCCAUGGGUUGCGGCUUCACCUGGGAGGCAUGCAGAUUUUGUCUCCCUCUGUGUGGCUUGCUCUUGUUGGGUGAACUGUGCUGAGCCCUCAUGCAGGGGGGAGGUAAGGGACCCCAGGGAAGGGGGCAGCUUUGUGGUGCCUUCAUGUAGAGACCAACAUGAGAUGUCCCAUGAAAUGUGUUUUCCUGACGAAUUUCUCCCUGACUGGCCUUUUUAAAAAAAAAAAAUAAAAAAAAUCCCUAUUGCUCUA